GAGCGCAGUCGUUUGGAAUCACUCCACUUUCUCAUCACACACAGUGCAGCCGCGCGACCUGCUCCGUGCUGGACCGGGAGGCGGACAGAGUUUGUAGCGGCAGAGCGGUGACUGCGCGUCGGGGUGGAAACUAACCGGACGACCGCUGCUGGCAACUCCCGGACCUACCGGACCUAGUGUUCUUUGCUUGGGUGAUUUUUAACCGUUUCCCCAUCCUUUUUUCCCGUCCCGGUGCUCCGUCCGCUUCCACCACCACCACCACCUCCACCUCCACCUCCACCCCACUGCCUCCCCAAGCGUGCCAUCAGCGUAGGAUGCUGUUGCUGCUGUCGGUGCGGUGGUAAGCGUUCACGGAGUAGCAGCAGUGAGUGAGUGACCCCGGUCCGGACGGGUGUUCCCCCGGCUGGGCUCCAGCUCAAGCCCCGGAGAAGAGGAAGGACCACCGGGUUGACGCGCAGCGCUGGUCACGACAGUAAAACUGGACAGAAAUUCUCCGUCUGUGUACCGAGGAGGAGCGGAGCCUGUAGCCGGGCUGGAGCGCUCAGAGCUGGGGAACCGCGCGGCUCUCACCCGGUCCAGAGCAGUGCUGUCGGUCGGAGACAUGGCGGCACUGAGGUGGGAGGUUCUGCUGUUCCUGGUGGUCGUCCUGCUGGUCUCCUGCAGUGCCGCGUCCACCGACAUCCUGUAUCGGGUUCCUGAGGAGCAGCCGCCCAACACACUGAUUGGCAGCCUGGCGGCGGACCAGGGCCUGCCCGACACCGGCCACCUCUACAAGCUGGAGGUGGGCUCUCCGUACCUGCGGGUGGACGGCAAGACCGGCGACAUCUACACCACUGAGAUCCCCAUUGACCGCGAGACGCUGAGGGACUGCCGCAACCUGUUCGAGGGCGACAAAUGCUUCCUGGAGUUCGAGGUGUCAAUCACCGACAUGGUGAAAGGGAUCGGCUCGGGGCCGCGGCUGAUAGAGGGCCGCAUCGAGGUGAUGGACAUCAACGACAACACGCCACAGUUCUCCUCGCCCAUCCUCACCCUGUCCAUCCCUGAGAACACGCACAUCGGCGCCCUCUUCUCCAUCCCCAUGGCCACCGACAGGGACUCUGGCACCAAUGGUGUGGCCGAGUACUCGCUGAGCACUGGGCCUGACGCUGACCAGCUCUUCAGCCUGCAGGUCGCAGUGGACUCUGACGAGAAGCUGCCUCAGCUGGUCGUCAUGGGCAACCUGGAUCGUGAGAAGAAGGACUCGUAUGACCUGAACAUCCGGGUGGUGGACGGAGGGAAGCCGGCAAGAGCGAGCAGUGCGCUGCUGCGGGUCACCGUCACCGACCAGAACGACAACUCGCCAAAGUUUGAGCGGAGUCACUACGAGGCCGAACUGCCGGAGAACAGCCCGCAGGGACACUCUGUGCUGCAGGUCAGAGCCAACGACGCGGACACCGGCUCCAAUGGGGAGAUCGACUACAGCCUCCAUCAGGUGACGGAGGCCGUCCAGAGGCUUCUGCGCAUCGACCGCUCUACUGGCAUCAUCUACGUUAAGGGCCUGGUGGACCGCGAGGAGGAGAGCUUUCUCAAGUUCUUUGUGGUCGCCAAAGAUCGUGGGCCCAACUCCAAGAGCACCAAGGUCCUGGUGAACAUCAGCGUCAAGGAUGUGAACGACAACGCACCCGCCAUCGAGAUCCGUGGUAUCGGCUUGGUGACACACCAGGAUGGCGUGGCCAACAUUUCUGAGGACAUGCCCAUCGGCACGCCGGUGGCAUUGGUCCAGGUGUCGGACCGUGACGAGGGGGAAAACGCGGUGGUGACUUGUGUGGUUGCCGGCGACGUCCCGUUUCAGCUCCGACCUGCGAGUGAGUCGGCCAACGACCGGAAGAGGAAGUACUUCCUGCAGACAACGACCCUGCUGGAUUAUGAGCGUGUGAAGGAUUACAGGAUUGAAAUCGUCGCAGUGGAUUCUGGGAACCCGGCCCUGUCCAGCACCAACUCCCUCAGAGUGCAGGUCACGGACAUGAACGACAACACGCCAGUCUUUUCACCUGCCAUGCUUGAGGUGGACUUUCCAGAGGGCAAUCAGCCGGGUGACAGGGUGUUGGACAUCACUGCGACAGACGCUGACAGCGGCACCAACGCAGAGCUGGUCUACAGCAUCAUCGAGCUGUCGGCCACCAGGCUAUUUGAAAUUGAUGCCGACACCGGAGAAAUUCGAGUGAAGAACCUGCUGGAUCGGGAAGAGACGGAGCGUUACGAGUUCCGCGUGGCGGCGGCAGAUAAGGGUGUUCCCAGCAAAACUGGCACCGCUACAUUGGUGAUUAAUGUUCUGGACCGCAAUGACAACGAUCCCAAGUUUAUGCUGAGCAGCUACAGCUUCUCCGUCAUCGAGAACAUGCCUCCACUCAAUCCCGUUGGCGUGGUGACUGUCACUGAUGCUGAUAAGGGUGAGAACGCCCGCGUGAAGCUGUAUGUGGAACAGGACAACAGCAAGUUUGUCAUCCAGAACGGCACCGGCACCAUCCUGUCCAGCAUCUCCUUCGACCGUGAGAAGGAGAGCACCUACACCUUCCGCCUGAAGGCCGUGGACGCUGGUGACCCACCUCGAUCGUCCUACGUGGGUGUGACCAUCAACGUCCUGGACGAGAACGAUAACGCCCCCUACGUCACCAAACCGGCAAACUCCUCCUACACGUACAUGUCCCCCGUCACCCCGCCAGACACCAGCGUUGAGGUGGUGGAGGCUGAGGACAUUGACUCUGGACCCAACGCUGAGCUGGUCUACACCAUCACAGGUGGCAACCCGUACGGCCUGUUCCACAUCUCGCCAAACAGCGGGGAGAUCACGCUGGUGCAGGAGUUCACCGGCAAGCACAACGGGCUGCACCGCCUGGUGGUGAGGGUCAGCGAUAAAGGCAAACCUCCCCGCCACACCACCGCCCUGGUCCACGUCUUUGUCAACGAUACCAAGUCUAACGUCUCCCUCAUCGAGGCGCUGGUCGGGCACAGCCUCUACACCCCUCUGGACAGGGACAUUGCCGGAGAUCCCAACUACGCCCUCGCACAGCGCAGCAACAUCCUGUACGGCAGCCUGGCGGGGGUCGCAGGCGUGAUUCUUGUCAUCGUAGCCGUGGUGGUCAUCAGACACCGACUGCAGAAGGACACAAAGAGCGGUUACCAGGCCGGCAAGAAGGAGAGCAAGGACCUGUACGCGCCCAAGCAGGGCCCCAAAAACGGCAAAGGCAAAAAGAGCAAGAAAGGAAAAGCUCCCAAACCGGCGAAGCCGCUGGAGGAGGACGAGGAGGCGAGCCUGCAGAAAGGCCUCAAGUUCAACCUCAUCAACGACAACGUCAACGACAGUCCCAGAAUCCACCUGCCCCUCAACUACCCGCCAGGAAGCCCCGACCUGGGCCGCCACUACCGCUCCAACUCCCCGCUGCCCUCCAUCCAGCUGCAGCCGCAGUCGCCCUCCGCCUCCAAGAAGCACCAGGCCGUUCAGGACCUCCCCGCCACCAACACCUUCGUGGGAACGGGCGACAACAACUCCACGGGCUCCGACCAAUAUUCGGAUUACAGCUACAAGGCCAACCCGCCCAAAUACAGCAGCAAACAGGUAGGAGACUACGCAAACACGGCCAUGUACCACAGGGACAUCCAUUGGACCAACGGGGUGUGGUAGUCACGCUGGGACUCCGAUAACCUUCCACCAAAGCUGCACUGAUUCCCCCCAGCACACUUCAGACGCCUGUUUUGUUUUUGGUUUGUUUGUGUUCACCAUUUCUGUUCUGUUCAGUUUUUUUGGUUUUUGGAUGCCACAAUAAUCACACCAUAACGGGAUAGACCAAAUAUGGGCAUAUUUAUCGAUUUGGUGACCCUGAAAUGAACUCUGACGAACUGUGUGAUGAUUUUUGUUGCUGUUCCACAUUAAAAUGACAAAUUAUUACAGUAUUUAAUUAUAAUUUCUGGAUAUUACUGCACAAGCAAAGCGAGAAAACAAAAAUACAAAGGUAUAUUUUGGAUAUAUGAAGAUCCUGGUGAGUCCCAUAUGGGUCUAUCCUCAGCUUCUGUUUGUUUUCUUUGUGUUUCACCUUUUUCCACUGUGGGUUAAAUGAAGGAGUCUCUGCUGUUUUUAUUAUUCACAAGUGUUUCUUUCAUUGAGAGGUUCACGCUGACAUCCUCAUUAAGUCUGAAUUCUUUUUUUUGUGGAGAGCUGACUGGAGGUUUGAAAGCUGCUCUUUAUGCUCGGAUCAGCUUGUUGAAGUGUGACAAAGAAGAGUGACUGUGACUUUUUUUUUUUUCUGUUUCUCGGGGUACCCAUUUUUUAUUGUUUCUUGGCUUUUCUCUUGGCCGGGGGACUGGACGGGGCUGAGCGGCACUUUAGAGUGUUUCCAUCCAGUUCAGACCAAUUUGAGGUAAUUUCAGCUCGGUCAGGGAGCCAAGCCGUGAAAGGAAGAAAGAAAGAAAAAGAGAGGGAAUACAAAAAGAAAGGAGGGAUGGGGGAGGGAGGGCGGGUUGUAAAGAGCCAGCACACUAUGAAGGAAAAGGUACACUAAGACUAAAUACGACCAUUUCUUAACCUCCGCACCUCCUGUCAGGUCAGCUGAAAUACGACUUUUAAUUUUGCCGUGUUCCCAAUCAGCGGGGUUUAAAAGUCAAUUGUUUGCACAGAUUAAUGGCAGGUAAUUUUCCAGGCGCCCGCUUUCGCCUUCUUUUACCCAGAGUGCCUUGCUCUACUCUAUUUAAUGUACAAAAGGGGGGUGGAGGGGAGGGGGGAGGGGGGAGGGGGGGGCAUUACCUGCGUGAUGAUGACGAGUUUUUUUGUUAAUGUCACGUGCACUGUGAAACCGUGAGACAAUCGUACAGACUGUAUGUGAACGACUCAUUUUUGUUUUCAUCUGCUGUUUAUGUUGCAACGUUACCGUGUGUGUCACGACGUGUGUGUUUAACAAGAGCAUUUCAUUGUUCUCCUCAAAGACUCACCAAAGACUCUCACACACACACACACACACACACACACACACACACACACACACGUUCACUGUCAUCACCACCAUGUAUAUGAACUUUGUUUCUCUGUGUGGUCGCUGUAGCAAGUGUUGGCGGCUCCUGCUGGUUUCAGAUUCAGCCUGUCGGCGCUCGAGCCGGCGGGCGUCACGCUUCAUAUCCACACGACCACUUGUACAGUGUUUUUGUUUUUUACAGCUAAGAGCAAGAUUUGAAUUCAAUAAACAUGUUGCUUCAAUGUGACAAA